GGGCGAGAGCCGUUGCACUCGGGCCGCGGCAGCGUUAUGUCGACGGCAAACUUGCUAGAGAAGCCGCAGAUAAUCGCGCACACGCAGCAGGGCCUGAACUACACCGUCUUCGAUUGCAAGUGGGUGCCGUGCAGCGCCCGCCUCGUCUGCCUGGGCAGCUUCCCGCGAGGCACCGGCGUCAUCCAGCUCUACGAGCUGCAGAGCGGCCGCCUCAGCCUCCUCCGCGAAAUUGAAAAGUCAAGGCCUAUUAAAUGUGGAACCUUUGGUGCAUCUUCCCUUCAACAAAGAUAUUUAGCUACAGGCGAUUUUGGAGGAAACUUAAAUAUAUGGAAUUUGGAAGCUCCAGAAAUUCCAGUAUACUCUGUAAAGGGACAUGAAGAAAUCAUAAAUAGUAUUGAUGGUGUUGGUGGCUUAAGGAUUGGGGAAGGAGCACCGGAAAUUGUGACAGGAAGUCGCGAUGGGACUGUGAAGGUGUGGGACCCAAGGCAAAAAGACAUUCCCGUUGCCAAUAUGGAGCCAGCACAAGGAGAGAGCAAGAGAGACUGCUGGACAGUAGCAUUUGGCAAUGCAUAUAAUCAAGAGGAACGUGUUGUGUGUGCUGGCUAUGACAAUGGGGACAUCAAGUUGUUUGACCUUAAGAACAUGUCAUUGCGAUGGGAGACCAACAUUAAGAAUGGGGUUUGCAGUGUUGAAUUUGACAGGAAAGAUAUAAAUAUGAACAAAUUGGUAGCCACAUCACUUGAAGGGAAGUUUCAUGUUUUUGACUUGAGAACUCAGCAUCCAACAAAAGGCUUUGCUUCCGUUUCAGAGAAGGCCCACAAGUCUACCAUGUGGCAAGUCCGGCACCUUCCACAGAACAGAGAUGUCUUUGUGACUAGUGGAGGAGCUGGAAACCUUCAUCUCUGGAAAUAUGAGUAUCCUGCACAACGCUCUAAGAAGGAUUCAGAGGGAACCGAGAUGGGAGUAGCAGGUUCAGUUAGCCUCCUCCAGAAUGUGACAUUGUCAACCCAACCGAUUUCUAGUCUUGACUGGAGUCCUGACAAAAGUGGUCUCUGCGUUUGUAGUUCAUUUGACCAGACUGUGAGAGUACUCAUUGUCACUAAACUGAACAGGAUUUGAUCAACUGAGUUCUAACAAAGGAAAACUUUCAUACAUGUUCCUGAACCAGCUUUUAGAAGUUUAAUGAAAUGGCACUAUAUGCCAUGCAACAACACAUGGAAAACGUUUUUUACCUCUUCAAGUCAAAUCAUACUUUUCUGCAAACUGUGCCUUUGAUUUCAGCACACUGAAAAAAAGUACUGUUUGAUCUGCCCUACAACACCCAGAAUUCCCCAGCCAACAUGGCCAGCUGAGGAAUGCUGGCAGUUGUGGGGUAUUUUUUCUGUCUGAACAUGCAUAGGAGUGUACCUUUAAUGUCAGAGUACCUUAUGUUCUUUACUACUUUGUGCAGUAGUAUCCAUUUAUUGACACUAGUAAACAUGGUUCUGAAUAUGUAUUUCAUGUGUGUUUCGCUCACGAGUUCUUUGAUAUCCUAGAAAGCGUCUUUCACAAUUGACACAUUUUAGUACUGUAAAAAUAGUAUCUUUGUUAUGUUUGUCAGUGUGGUUUUGACAGUGCUUACCUUGUGCAUUUGAAAUUUGAAUGGUUAUACUUUAAUGGAAUAAAAUCAAAUACUUGAUGUUCUGUUACAGACAACGGUGUGUUUAAAAUGCUAUGACUGUACAUGAAUGAAGUAACAUUGUUUUAAUUUAUGCAUUUUCUAUACCCCUGCCAAAGAGAGAAAUUCAUGCUUGGAUGCAUCUCAGUUUUGAUAUUAAAAACAUUUUCUCAAAUUA